GAAACCGAUGAAACUCGUUCUAUCUCCAGCUAAAAAAAGUAAGCAAGAAGUGAAAUGUAUUAUACACAACAACAAUUACAAGAAAGAAACAAAGUUAAGAGCAUUCACAGAAAAAUCAGCCGAAAAAGUGAAAAUAGCAAGGUAUGUUGCAAGUUUGAUUAUAUUGUUUUAUUUUUUAAUUUAUGGUUUUCAUGACUUUAUUGUAACAGCGCUAUACUUCCGUUUUUUAUAGUGAAAUUCGAAAUGAUGAAAAUGUCACUGAUUUAGUGAGCGGCGAUCUUUCCGAUUUGAAAUUUCAUCAGAAAUGUUUAGAUGCGUAUGUCCACCCAAAAACAUUAGCUACCAUACAAAAGAAAAAAGAAAAAGCUGAAGCAAGCGACGAUGAAACGGGAGAUGUUAACGACAUAGAAGAACAACAACCAACUUCAACUAUCCGAAUGUCACAGAGAAAGAGAGGCAGAACAGGUAAAUAUUUAUCUUAAUUUUAUAAUUUUAUGUUGUAAUCGUGCACAAACAGGCUAUUCUGACUUUUAUAUUUCUUGUGACUUUUCUAAUGUCUGACUGAUCUUAUUUAAGGUCAAUCACUUGCCAAGCAAGAUGAGUGCUGUAUCUGCCAAAAAAGAAAAACGAGUACAACAGGUAGUGGCUACAAAAAGAAAAACGGGCUCGAAAGAUUUGGUUAAAUGGUUGAACAGAUUUGGACAUUGCAUAUCAUAUAACGAAACUGCAUACCUGGAAACAUUUUUAGCCAACGAAGAAAUAAAAAAUCAAAUGGUGAAGUUUUAUGUACCCUACUCCGUACAACCAUCAUCAUUCAUAACAUUUGUUUGGGAUAACAAUGAUAUAAACCCGGAAACUUUAAGUGGAACGUCGAUGCAUUGUACCAAUGGCAUAAUAGUUCAAUUGAGAAGAGAUGAUAUGGUUGAUUUUGAUAGCGAACGCAUAAAUUACGCAAAGCCACCAAGAAGAAGAUCGUUCAAAUAUAUACCUGAUCAGCUGGAAGAGUACACUACCAAGAAAAGAUUCAACCCUAUUUCAAUGAAAAAUGUUCGUCUUGACUCUAUCGAAGAUCAUUUAUCAACUUCCGCUUGUAUCGAGUCCAUAUGGGCCUUGUUACGCUUUCAAGCGAAACAAAAUAAUGUUCCACAGUCAAUACCUGCAUGGACCGGCUUCAACUAUUUGCUUGAUGGUGAAGUCACACAUCAAACUUAGGAUUGCUAGAAACAGACGUUGUUCUAGAUCAAGCUAUAUAUGCUAAAGCCGUAGAAAUUCUUCAAGAUCCUGCCAAUGUGGAGCUAAAAACUUUCAUUUCACUGAGGAUGGGAGCAUUUCACACUUCGUGUAUUUUCAUAGCUGUAAUUGGUAAGCGGUUCGCCGAUGGUGGUUUGCGUGACUUGAUUAUUGAAUCUAACAUAUUGGGUGAGUGUUCCUUUGUUUAUAUAAGUCCCAUGAAUUUGAGAGAAGUGUGAACCCUGCCUACUACCGAGAAAUACGUGAGUCCUGUUCUUAAUGAAAUGGAGUUUCUUGCUUUUAGGUACACGUUCUGUGGAGAGAACUUUGAAUGGAAAGCAUUACAACCAUGCCAUACGCACGUUGAAGUACGUUUAUGAAGCGCUUUAUCGCUUAAAAAUUGAACAUUUUGAACACUGGUUAGUACAGCAUGGUAAAAAUCUCAAUGACUACAUUUUAACGGAGGAGUUCCAAACUUGCUUAAAAGAGGUACAAAUAUUUAGCUUCUUUUGUUUCUUUGGGCCUUUUUUGACUUUUUAGAGCAGCAUGUUUUCAGAUGAUUAUUCCUUUUACUGUUCAGGUUUCAUUUCAAUCUUUCCAAGAUGUGACUGGCCUUGAAGGUCUGUUUGAACUGAUGGAAGAGUACGAACGUGAUAUUA